AUGAAGUGGUCAUCAGUUCGCGGACCUGUGAGCAUCGGGGCCCAAGACGGUGGAACGGCUCGAAACAUGAAGAUGACCCUGUGGGAGAAAUUUCGGCCCACGGGCCUCCUGCUGCUCAUCACUGGGACGUUCCCGUAUUCUGGGAUCGUCGGAGCAUCCACUCCGACAUUCAGCGUCUGCACGUUUCCUUACCUCUACUGCACCGGGGCCUUCGUCAUUUUGGCCUACGAUAGCGUGUACCACUUCGCCCUCCUCUUCGACCCAGAGUUCAUCCAGUCCCACAUGAUGCAGGAAGGAUUCGGCCUCUUUCAAACCGUGGUCAAGUCCGUCCUGACCACCAACCUCCACCUCCUCUCUCUCUUCUACCACAUCUACUUUCUCUUUUUCGGCCGUCGGGUGGUGUCACUGUUCCGCGUCUUCGACGAGCGGCUGGGAUCUGACUCCAGCGGCCUCCCACGCUGGGCUCCCUUCAGUGCCGCGAUCGUCAUGAUGACCCUGUUGCUCGUCAGGUUCCUCGCCACCGACGAAAAUUUCGACCCGGAACACCUUUACGACGCGUUGAUCAGUUUCAACGGCACCACAUUCACGCUCUUGAUCCUGGCGUUCUCCCUGGAAUUGAUGAAGACCUUGGAAGCCAUCGAACCGGAUUCCCAUCCACAACUCAUCAAGCGAAAGUACCUAGACAUUUGGACGUUGGCAGGGCAGAUAGGAGAAACCCUGAGCUACCCGCUGAUGGUGACACUCUUCAGCGUUUUCCUCAUGAUCUUCGCGGAGCUCUACAGUAUGUUAAGCCUGAUGAAAAGCCCGGAUUUCUCGGCGAACCCGCACAACUACAUCGAAUUGGCAGAAUCGAUAAUCAUUCUGGCGCAACAGAGCCUGUGCCUCCUGCUCCUCACCUGCGGCUCCCAUUGGAUCCAGAGAAAGGUGGACCGCCUGUACAAGAUCCUCCUAGAGCGAGAAAUGCUCUCACCCGCGAAAUCCUCCAAGGACGGCGCUGAGCUGAAAGCCUACACAGAUAUUAUCCAUAAUCCAUUGCAGAAAAACCUCUCCGGCUCCGCCGAAUUCGAUCGCUCCAGCCCCAUCCCCGUGAGUCCUUACCUCCUUUCCCCCCACCCCAAGCAGACUCCAUCCAAUCCUCCCGUCUUUCAGAUGCUGAACGCCGUCGUCACCUACAUGGUCAUCCUCCUCCAAUUCGACACCACGAUCCCUCCCCCGGAAUCCAAUUCGACAUCCGCUCCGAACUCAACCCCCAGCACCCCGUCCCAGCUCCUCACGUCAUUCGCAUGA